CAUCACCAGACUUCUUCCACAGAAACAACCCGGUGAUCCAAGAUAGAUUGCAGGAAGAGCCGCCCUUUUUGAUGCUUGCAUUUGCUCGCCACCCACAUUCAAUGGGAUCUCCUCGGUUUCGGCUAUCACCAUCCCUGGUCCCUGUCCCCUGCCAUUGACAAGCACGCCAUGGCCCCAAAAAGUGAAACGCGGAGGUUGACGCUCCACGCUUCCACACACCAAAGUAGCAACAACGGCAUCUCGGGCCCGAAAGUGUGGACUGGACUCCUUUUCGCUAAACCAGCCGAUUCGCGGACUCCUCCAUCACUUUCUCUCUUUGGAGCCUCCUCCUCAUCUUCCUUCUCCUUCAUCUCCUUCCACCAUGGAGCAUGACGUUCCAGCACGCCAGUCGUCCUCGAACGAAAUGAUCUCUCCGCCACCCCCACCUACACCGACUCACAGUCAUGGCAGCGCUUCCAGAAACUGUCAGAUCAUAGUCUACGCACUCUCCGGGUAGACGGGUCGACAUGCCAUGGCCUUGGCCGACAGGGGGAUCCGUCUUGAUCUCUGGUACUGGGACUGCUCGAUAGGUAUAUUAAUUGCAUUAUGACCUCUUGUAUGGACCGUUUUGGGAGGCUCUGCUGAACGACACCUCCAACUGCUGUGUUAGACUAUCAUGAAGAGCAUCUCGGUCAUUCAGCUGCUUCUAGCAGCCGCGGCAGCUCCUGUGAGGGCUGCUGCUUCUUGGAAGAACGUCAACAUUGGCGGCGGUGGUGGUUUCGUGCCUGGCUUUGUCUUUCACCCAACAGAAAAGGGCGUUGCCUAUGCUCGUACCGAUAUUGGCGGUCUCUACAGACUGAAUGCCGAUGACUCUUGGACUGCCAUUACCGACUCCAUCACUACGGACGACAAAUGGAACAACUGGGGUAUCGAUGCUGUUGCUCUUGAUCCUCAAGAUCCCGACAAGGUCUAUGCCGCUACCGGCAUGUACACCAACUCAUGGGAUCCCAACAACGGUACCCUUAUCCGCAGUUCCGACAGAGGUGCUACAUGGUCUAGCACCGAGCUGCCCUUCAAGGUUGGAGGAAACAUGCCCGGUCGCGGCAUGGGCGAGAGACUUGCUGUCGAUCCCAAGAACUCCAAGAUCAUCUACUUCGGUGCUCGCAGCGGCCAUGGCCUCUACAAGAGCACAGACGGUGGUGUCACCUUCUCCAAGGUGUCUUCGUUCACCGCUGUCGGCGACUACGUCGUAGACCCAUCCGAUACCACUGGCCUCAACAACGACAAGCAGGGCAUUGCUUUUGUUACCUUCGACUCGACUUCGGCUACCACCAACGGCGCCACGUCCCGCAUCUUUGUUGGUUCCGCCACUAACAGCACCUCUUCGGUCUGGGUUUCCAACGACGCCGGUGCCACUUGGUCCGCCGUCGCUGGCCAGCCCGGCACGUACUUCCCUCACAAGUGCAAGCUCCAGCCCACUGAGAAGGCCCUCUACCUUACCUACAGCGACGGUACUGGCCCCUACGAUGGCACUGCCGGUGCCGUUUACCGCUACGACAUCACCAACGGUACCUGGAAGGACAUCACUCCCGGCAGCGACCUCGCCUAUGGCUUUGGUGGCUUGGGUGUUGACAUGAAGAACCCCGGUACCAUCAUGGUUGCCAGCUUGAACUUGUGGUGGCCCGAUGCCCAGAUCUACCGCUCAACCGACUCUGGUGCCACCUGGUCUCCCAUCUGGGAGUGGGAUGGUUAUCCCAACAUGAACCAGUACUAUGGAUUGACCACCCCUAACGCUCCCUGGAUCGAGACUGGCUUCCUUUCUCAGGAUACCAAGCACCUCGGCUGGAUGAUCGAAUCCCUCGAGAUCAACCCCCUCGACAGCGACCAUUGGCUCUACGCCACCGGUCUCACUGUUUACGGCGGCCACGACCUGACCAAGUGGGACACCGUCCACAACGUGACCAUCCAGUCCUUGGCCGUUGGCAUCGAAGAAAUGGCUGUCCUCGGUCUCGCCUCCGCCCCCGGUGGCUCCGAGCUUCUCGCGGCCGUCGGUGACGACUGCGGCUUCACCUUCAAGUCCAGCUCCGACCUCGGCACCUCUCCCAAGACACCCUGGAUGACGCCCCAGUGGGCCAGCUCCGCGGACGUCGACUACGCCGGCAACAAGCCCGCCAACGUGGUGCGCAUCGGCUCCGGCUCCGGCGCGCAGCAGGUGGCCGUAUCCUCGGACGGCGGCGCCUCGUGGCAUGCUCACAACGGCACCGACACCACCAAGAGCAGCGGCACGGUCGCCUACUCUGCCGACGCCGACACCAUCGUCUGGUCUUCGGGCACCUCCGGCGUCGUCCGCUCGCAGAACCAGGGCACCUUCACCGCCGUCGCCUCGCUCCCCUCGGGCGCCGUCAUUGCCUCCGACAAGCGCAACAACACCGUCUUCUACGCCGGCUCGACCACCGGCACCUUCUACCGCAGCACCGACACUGGCGCCACCUUCACCGCCGUCUCUGACGCUUUGGGGUCCGCCAAGGCCGUCCGCGACAUUGUCGCCCACCCCACCGUCGCCGGCGAGCUGUACGUCAGCACGGACGCCGGCAUCUUCCGCUCGACCGACUUUGGCGUCUCCUUCACCAAGCUCAGCGGACUCACCAACACGCAGUCCGUCUCCCUCGGCGUCGGCUCCACAUCUGGUUCGUGGAACUUGUACGCCUUUGGCACCGGCGCCAACGGCAACAAGCUGUACGCUAGCGCCGACGCUGGUGCUACUUGGGCUGACGUGCAGGGCGCUCAGGGCUUUGGUUCCAUCGCCGUGGCCUCUAGCAAGGUCGCCGGUUCCGCAAACGUCCCUGGGCAGGUCUAUGUCGGCACCAACGGCCGCGGUGUGCUGUACGCGCAGGUUUCUGUCAGCGGCACCGCCCCUGGUGCUACGUCGUCGUCUUCUGCUCCGGUAAAGACUUCCUCCUCCACUGCUGCUGCUGCUCCGUCAUCUUCUGCUGCAGUGAAGACUUCUUCCACUUCUGCUGCUGCUCCAGUGAGCACGACGACGAGCAAGGCUGCUGCUACUACCACCACACUUGUGACGUCGACUGUCAAGCCUACUACUGCUACCUUGACUUUGUCGUCGGUCAAGUCUACCUCGACUGUUGGCGCUGAGCUCGCGCAGCACUGGUAUCAGUGCGGAGGUGUGGGCUGGACGGGCCCGACGGCUUGCGUGUCGCCUUAUAAGUGCGAAAAGCAGAAUGAUUACUAUUCGCAGUGCGUGUAAGCAAGUACCAGGGCAAGUGGAAGGGUGUGUGUAUGCCUGUGGAUGGGAUGUGAUGAGAAGUGGAAGACUGAUGAAGUGACGGAGGGGUGAUGUUUUUGGUUGGUGAACUUACUUACCUUUUUUCAUUGUGAAUAUCUUGACAUGAGCAUUUGUACAUAUGAACAUAAAUCUUGCACAUACAAUUUCAAUCCUAUUGGAUC